AUAAAUCAGUCUCUCUCAAAAGCAGAUUGGGGGAAUUAUGAAAAGAGUGCUUACCAGACCAAAAUGAAUUAGCAGCAUUGAGAAUGCCUUUUUUCCCAAGUCGAUGUUUUCAUCCAGGAUUUUACACUUGCUAAGCACAACUCCCAUACUCAGCCCUUCCAUAGCUUAUUUCUCCAGUGUUUCAUAAUGGGCAGACAGAAAAGGGGGAAUCUGGAAUUAACAACUCCCCAUGAAAAGUUUGAUGCAAGACCUAAACCUGGCAUUAGACACACAGCCUGAGGCAGAUUUGGGGGCAGAAUCCCAUGCCCCAAGAUGAGUAUAUAGCUGCUAUGAGCAAUAUUCAGACCAUCUUUAUUUCCCUGCAGGCCUACUUCAUGGGUUUGAGUUUCUCUUAUUUGAGAUAAUUUAGAACUCUUCAGAAGGACAAUGAAGUCUGCAUUGUAUUUGUGUUUGUUACUUCUUGGACUUCAAGUCCAGGGACAGCAGCAGGAACAACAAAUACCCCAUUCCCCAGAAGACCAUUCCCAGGCUGAAGGUGAAAACUUGCCUCAUGUCAAGAUAGCCCCCAGCAAUGCCAACUUUGCAUUUAGGUUUUACAAGCAGGUUAGAGAGGAGGCAGGCAACAAGAACAUUUUCUUCUCACCUUUGAGCAUCUCCACUGCCUUUGCAAUGCUCUCCCUGGGGGCCCGAUCAAACACGCUCAGAGAGCUGCACAAUGGCCUUUUCUUCAACCAGACAGAGGUGGAGGAGCGGCAGAUACAUGAAGGAUUUCAGAGUGUUCUCCAGCUGCUGAAUGACCCUCACCGAGAAGUCCAGCUGAACAUGGGCAAUGCCCUGUUCAUAGAUGAUCGGCUGAAACUUCUCCAAAAAUUUUUGGAUGAUGUCAUGAAUUUUUAUUAUUCUGAAGCUAUUUCUAGUAACUUCCAAAAUUCUCCAGAGGCUAUAAAGCAAAUCAAUAUGUAUCUGGAAAGAAAAACACAUGGCAAAAUUGUUGAUUUAGUAAAGAGUCUUGAUCCGGACACUGUGAUGGUUCUUGUUAACUACAUUUUCUUUAAAGGUUCCUGGGAAAAACCUUUCAACAAUUUGAACACGAGAGAUGAUGACUUCUUCUUGGAUGGCAAGAAUUCUGUUAAGGUCAAAAUGAUGCAUCAAAACAAAGCCUUUAAAGUUCACAGGGAUGAGAAUUUGUCUUGCUGGGUAGUAGAAAUUCCAUACACAGGAAAUGUUACUUCAUUGUUUGUUCUGCCUGAUGAAGGGAAAAUGAAACAGGUGGAAGAUGCUCUGCUGAAAGAAACAGUGUCUAACUGGAUGGAAUCACUUAAAAAAAGAAAAAUCUACCUGGACCUUCCAAAAUUCUCUGUCUCUGCCUCCUAUGAUGUUAAGAGCUUGUUUGAGAAAAUGGGUAUGACAGAGGUGUUCAGUGACCAGGCUGAUCUCUCUGCAGUGGCAGAAGAUACCCUUCUGAAGGUUUCCAAAGCAAUUCACAAGGCCAUGGUGGAUGUUAGAGAGAAUGGCACAGAGGCUUCUGCAGUGACCAUGCUAGAAAUUACACCACUGCUUCUACCGUUUCCUCCUCCUCCUCACAUCACCUUCAACAGGCCCUUCCUGAUGACUAUUUUGGACAAAACCAGCCACAGCAUUCUCUUCCUGGGAAAAAUUGUGAACCCAGCUGCUAGGGAAGACUAGGCCAGAGCAGUUGUACUCCCCAGUGCAGUGAAGAAAGCUUGUGUGCAUCCCAGGAAUUUCUUCGCAAAUGGGACUAGAAUUGAUCUGAUCCCAAAUUAAUGAAUAAAGAAAUAAGAUGUCAA